CAAAGCAUCCUUUCUUCAUUCGUCUUCAAGCCAGAUAGAAAGUCUAUAAAGGGUUUUUUCGUUUGCAAAUUCCGAACAAGCAAAGCGGCACACAGCGACACAGCAGCCCAUCUAGUCUAUUUACAUCUCACCCCAGUCUCGCCUGCUCAACUCAACAAAGAUGUGCUUCUCAGUGGAACCAAAGGCCAAAUACUACUACCAGGAGGAAAUCAUUCCUGCACGGCCACACCGUGAGUCGUACCGCGACUCGUACCGCGACUCAUACCGUGACUCCGGCGUCGACUACUACCACCAUCACCACCGCCAUUCUGCUUCCCAUCAGUCGCACUCGCCGCGAACAAGCCGCACGGCCGUUGAGCGAUACAGCAGCAGCCCCCGGGUCAGCACAUACAGCCCGCGCAUCAGCUCCAGCAGCACCAGGCGCAGCGUCAUCCCGGCGAGAGUUGUGUACAAGGAGACGACGCAGAGCCGCUACGUGUAAAUACUCAACCAUGCUGGCGACCUAUGAAAGAAGAAGAAAAUUAGAGGGGGAAAGAUAAGACGGAUCGCGCAGAAUUGGAAUCGGUGUUAUCAAGGUUCAGCGUUUUUGGGCUGAGGAUGGGAUAUGGUAUGAUACGAGGUCUUGGAAACAAAGGUCGGGUAGCGGGCGGUUAAUGACGGGAACGAGGCAAGCCACGGCUUCAUGAGACUCUGAUUAUGCGACGACGGCGUUGGAAACAUCAAUCUACUCUUUAUCUGUUUGUUUUUUAUCUGGUUUUUUUUUUUUUUUAUAAAGCGUACAUGUAUAUUUGCUUUGUCUAGAUGAUCUAGAUCGCCCUUUCAGGUGCCAGCCUUUCAAUGAUCCGACUGCAAAUCACUUCCGCUUCUGAGCACAUGCAGCGAACCAGUAGCCACAAUAUUGAACGAAAUGAUGUCGACAUCGUCAU